AUUCGAUAUGCUCUUCAGCAGCAACAACCAAGGCGCCAUCUCAGCAUUGCACACGCUCCGUCACGAUUCAAGACUCCCCGUUUCUGGCGCAUUCAGACACUGACUCUCCUUGCAAAUGCAGUCGAAGACUGGUAUGAGGCCGAGACCUAUCAACAGGCAGCUGAAAUGCUGUACAAGUCCACUCGCAUCCUGUUCCCACCAGGAUGUGAUGAUGGCAUGGACGCAGCCUUGUACAGAAACCGUCUCCUCCUCGACCAGCUC